AUGCGAAGUGGAGAGGUAGAUAUGAGAUCUCGUCAUGCAGCAUGUCCUGUUCUCACUGGUGUGAAAUGGGUAACAAACAAAUGGAUUCAUGAACGAGGUCAAGAAUGGCGUCGUCCCUGCGGCCUAAACCAAUUUGAUCAGGAACGCUAUGUUGGUGAUUUAGGAGGACCGGAGCCAAGAUAUAAACCUAAUAUUAAAGCAGAUCAAUCAGAAUAA